GGCGCUGCAGCGCGAGGGGCGGAGAGGCAGAGCGCCGAGAGAGGACCAGACGCCCAGGUCGCCCGCAUCCCGGUGCCGCAGGAGAGAGGAAGCGCGCCUCGGCCCUGCUCCUCAGCCUUUGCCCGGGCGCCCGCCUCAGCUUUCUGAACCCCCAGAGACAGAGCACCUGUCCUUCGCCUGGGCCUCAGCUGAGCCCCUCUCCUCUCGGAGCACACGCGAGCUCUGCAGCCGAAGUGUCCCAGCCCCACGCCGGCGACCACCAUGGCCGAGACCAACAACGAAUGUAGCAUCAAGGUGCUCUGCCGAUUUCGGCCCCUAAAUCAGGCCGAGAUUCUGCGGGGGGACAAGUUCAUUCCCAUUUUCCAAGGGGACGACAGCGUCGUUAUUGGGGGGAAGCCAUAUGUCUUUGACCGUGUAUUUCCCCCAAACACGACUCAGGAGCAAGUAUAUCAUGCCUGUGCCAUGCAGAUUGUCAAAGAUGUCCUAGCUGGCUACAAUGGCACCAUUUUUGCAUAUGGACAGACAUCCUCAGGGAAGACACAUACUAUGGAGGGAAAGCUGCAUGACCCCCAGCUGAUGGGAAUCAUUCCUCGAAUUGCCCGAGACAUCUUCAACCACAUUUACUCCAUGGAUGAGAAUCUUGAGUUCCAUAUCAAGGUUUCUUACUUUGAGAUUUACCUGGACAAAAUCCGUGACCUUCUGGAUGUGACCAAGACAAAUCUGUCUGUACAUGAGGACAAGAACCGGGUGCCAUUUGUCAAGGGUUGUACUGAGCGCUUUGUGUCCAGUCCGGAGGAGAUUUUAGAUGUGAUUGAUGAAGGGAAAUCAAAUCGUCACGUGGCUGUCACCAACAUGAAUGAACACAGCUCUCGAAGCCAUAGCAUCUUCCUCAUCAACAUCAAGCAGGAAAAUAUGGAGACUGAGCAGAAGCUGAGUGGGAAGCUGUAUCUAGUGGACCUGGCAGGAAGCGAGAAGGUCAGCAAGACUGGAGCUGAGGGAGCCGUGCUGGAUGAGGCCAAGAAUAUCAACAAGUCCCUGUCGGCCCUGGGGAACGUGAUCUCGGCGCUGGCUGAGGGCACGAAAAGCUACGUUCCAUAUCGUGACAGUAAAAUGACACGGAUUCUCCAAGACUCCUUGGGAGGAAACUGCCGAACAACGAUGUUCAUCUGCUGCUCACCGUCCAGCUACAACGAUGCGGAGACCAAGUCCACCCUGAUGUUCGGGCAGCGGGCAAAGACCAUUAAGAACACUGCCUCCGUGAAUCUGGAGUUGACUGCUGAGCAGUGGAAAAAGAAAUAUGAGAAGGAGAAGGAGAAGACAAAGGCUCAGAAGGAGACGAUUGCGAAGCUGGAGGCAGAGCUGAGCCGGUGGCGCAAUGGAGAGAACGUGCCUGAGACAGAGCGCCUGGCCGGGGAGGAUGCUGCCCUGGGAGCCGAGCUCUGUGAGGAGACACCUGUGAACGACAACUCAUCCAUUGUAGUGCGCAUUGCGCCCGAGGAGCGGCAGAAGUACGAGGAGGAGAUCCGCCGCCUCUACAAGCAGCUUGAUGACAAGGAUGAUGAGAUCAACCAGCAGAGCCAACUCAUAGAGAAGCUCAAGCAGCAGAUGCUGGACCAGGAAGAGCUGCUGGUGUCCACUCGAGGAGACAAUGAGAAGGUCCAGCGGGAGCUGAGCCACCUACAGUCAGAGAAUGAUGCUGCAAAGGAUGAGGUGAAGGAAGUGCUGCAGGCUCUGGAGGAGCUGGCCAUGAACUAUGACCAGAAGUCCCAGGAGGUCGAGGAGAAGAGCCAGCAGAACCAGCUUCUGGUGGAUGAGCUGUCUCAGAAGGUGGCCACCAUGCUGUCCCUGGAGUCUGAGUUGCAGCGGCUGCAGGAGGUCAGUGGACACCAACGAAAACGGAUUGCUGAGGUACUGAACGGGCUGAUGAAGGACCUGAGUGAGUUCAGUGUCAUCGUGGGCAACGGGGAGAUUAAGCUGCCAGUGGAGAUCAGCGGGGCCAUUGAGGAGGAGUUCACGGUGGCCCGACUCUACAUCAGCAAAAUAAAAUCUGAAGUCAAGUCUGUGGUCAAGCGGUGCCGGCAGCUGGAGAACCUUCAGGUCGAAUGUCACCGCAAGAUGGAAGUGACUGGGCGGGAGCUCUCAUCCUGCCAACUCCUCAUCUCCCAGCAUGAGGCCAAGAUCCGCUCCCUGACGGAAUACAUGCAGAGCGUGGAACUCAAGAAGCGGCACCUGGAAGAGUCCUAUGACUCCCUGAGUGACGAGCUGGCCAAGCUCCAGGCCCAAGAAACUGUGCAUGAGGUGGCCCUGAAGGACAAGGAACCAGACACCCAGGACACAGAAGAUGUGAAGAAGGCCCUGGAGGUGCAGAUGGAGAGCCACCGGGAGGCCCAUCACCGGCAGCUGGCCCGGCUCCGGGACGAGAUCAAUGAGAAGCAGAAGACGAUUGAUGAGCUCAAAGACCUGAAUCAGAAACUCCAGUUAGAGCUGGAGAAGCUCCAGGCUGACUAUGAGAAGCUAAAGAAUGAAGAACACGAGAAAAGCACCAAACUCCAGGAGCUGACAUUUCUGUACGAGCGACAUGAGCAGUCCAAGCAGGACCUUAAGGGCCUGGAGGAGACAGUUGCCCGGGAACUCCAGACCCUCCACAACCUUCGCAAACUGUUCGUUCAAGACGUCACGACUCGCGUCAAGAAAAGUGCAGAAAUGGAGCCCGAGGACAGUGGGGGGAUUCACUCCCAAAAGCAGAAGAUUUCCUUUCUUGAGAACAACCUGGAACAGCUUACAAAGGUUCACAAACAGCUGGUACGUGACAAUGCAGAUCUGCGUUGUGAGCUUCCUAAACUGGAAAAACGACUUAGGGCUACGGCUGAGAGAGUUAAGGCCCUGGAGGGUGCACUGAAGGAGGCCAAGGAGGGCGCCAUGAAGGACAAGCGCCGGUAUCAGCAGGAAGUGGACCGCAUCAAGGAGGCUGUGCGGUACAAGAGCUCCGGCAAGCGGGGCCAUUCUGCCCAGAUUGCCAAACCCGUCCGGCCUGGCCACUACCCGGCAUCUUCACCCACCAACCCCUACGGCACCCGGAGCCCCGAGUGCAUCAGUUACACCAACAGCCUCUUCCAGAACUACCAGAACUUGUACCUGCAGGCAGCACCUAGUUCCACCUCAGAUAUGUACUUCGCAAACUCCUGUACCAGCAGUGGGGCCCCGUCUUCUGGCGGGCCCUUGACUUCCUACCAGAAGGCCAACAUGGACAAUGGAAAUGCCACAGAUAUCAAUGACAAUAGGAGUGACCUGCCUUGUGGCUAUGAGGCUGAGGACCAGGCCAAGCUGUUCCCUCUCCACCAAGAGACGGCAGCCAGCUAAUCUCCUACAGGAGCUGCCGCAGACCUGCACUUUCAGUUUCUAAGAGGGACUGAGGCCUCUUCUCUCAGCAUGCUGCAAACCUGUGGUCUCUGAUACUAACUCCCUCCCCAACAGCCCUUGUUGUUCAACUGUACUAUGUUUGAUGUCUUCUCUUACUCUGUAUAUCUUUGUACUCUAUAUCUAUAUUAUCAAAAGCUGCUGCUAUGUCUCUCCUCUAUGUCUUACUCUCUAGUAUCUAAUGAUGUAUUUAGCAAUUUCUAAGCAUAGUGUACCCUCCUCAUUUGGGGCCAUAGGGAGGGGGGGGUCAGUGUUUCUUCUCUCUCUCAUAUAUGCGUUUCUCACACUGAGUGGUGUUAGUCAUGGAGAUGAUUAAAAAAGGAAAAUGGGAGCUAGAGGGCUGUGAUCCUUCACAAACACACACACACACACACACACACACACACACAUGCAUGCACACAAAGCCUUAAGCAGAAGAAUGUCUUAGCAUCAUAAGAUACAGAAAGGGCCUUUUCCUCCCUCCUCUUCCACUUUUAGCACAGAGGAGGAUAAAAUGGAAGGACUGCUUAAAUUAUACGAGAAUUUUCUUCAGACACCCCUCACCUGAACCAAGGGGUUCUGGGUGUGCACCUCUGCCCCUUGAAGUUUGCCUUUUGCCUCCUCCUUCCUAUUCCCCCUGGAAAACCAAGAACAUGGACUGCUCAAGGGACCACUUCCCUUUCUCCCUGAAACUCCUUUUGAUAUUCUCUACCCCAGAGCUCCUGACUAGAAGCCAAAGCUGCUUAAAAUGAUUUUGCAAAGUUAAGGAGGCCAACCUAUUCCCAACAGUCUAUCAGAUGGUCGCUCACCUGUCCACAGGAAUAGUUCUAGCCAAGCAGAAGCAGUAGGAUUGCUUCUUCGGCUUUGGGGGUAAACAGGCUGGAAAAUUCCUAAGUGUUUUUUGCCACAGUGAUGAGCUGGAUUCCUUUCUCUGUCCCAUAUUGGGCUGCAUGUUCUUCCACGUCUCCACCUUUUGGUGUGGGGGCUUCCAGUUCAUUGGCAAAAGAGCUAUCUCGAAAUGCCUUCCUUUCAGACUGGAGCUUGACUUUUCCCUGAUGAUAUACAUUAAUUUUUUUUUCCAAGAAUUCCUUCUAUAAUGUCCUUAUCAGGCAUUAAGUGCACUUUAAAGAAAGGGGCAGGGCAGCUUUUCCAGAGGUGGAGGAGCCCAAGGGCUGGACCCGGGAUAUAGGUGGGGGGGCUCUCCUGCUCCCAUGUAAUUGACAGGACUAUGGUUUUGUUUUCAUAUCCUUUCCUACCACAUGGUGCUAAGGGGGCUUUCCAGGUAACUGCAGGGAUGCAGAGUGGAGGUCACAAGCCAGUCCAAAUCAAGAAAGAGUCCAGAUAGCCUGUCUUAUCUGGGAUGGAAGAACAGGGUAGCAGACCACCCAUCACCUAGUUUCUUAACCAGGAAAGAAAGCUCAGUGUGCCAGCUGGUAAAUACAGGCUGUCGUGGCCCAUUACUCCGUCAAGGGAAGAAGUCCCUUCUCCCUUUACCUGUUGGGCCUUUCAGCAACUAAAGAGAAAUGCAGGGAAAAAAUAUACCAGAGGGGUAUGGAAUAAAUCCAAGGCGGUGAUAUUCAAAUGUUUUUCAGAACCAAUCUUAUAAUAGAACCCUGAUAUAAAAAGUAACUAGAAGUGAGGCAGAGCUGGGCAUUUUGCAUUUUUACUGUUUGAUGGAAAAUGGUUCAUUAGUUGAGGACCCCUUGAAUGGUCCUAAGAGACCCUGAGGGUUCCUGUAGAGUAGUUUGAAAACCACUGCUCAGAGGAAAGGGAUGUAAUCUGGCUCCCCUGCCCCAAGCAAAGAAGGAAAGAGUGGGGUCAGUGAGCCACGCCGUCUCCAGACCCUGGUGAAGAGGAAGGAAGACUCCUGUGUACCUGGAGACUUGUGCUCAUAUCAGCCCCCAGGGCCCCCAAGACUCCAGUGGGUUUUACGUACUCUUGCCACCAAAUGAUUCGCUUCAAACACAGAAGAAAAUGUGAAUGUAUCGGGCAGAUGAGGAGAGAGGUGACAGAGGGAGCAGCCUUCUCUUGAGCAAGAUGUAAGGGAAAUAGAAUUCACUUACGCAAAUAAGGAAAGCCUUCACCAGAAGCUUCACUCGACCGUCCUCCUCCUUCCCCUCCCCUCACGCCCUCACCACCUUCCUUUCAGAGAGCCAGGGUCUCCACUUGGGGCACCUGGCCUGCUCACUCACUUCUGCCAAAAUGUUGCAUGCCAGCGUGGACGACAAACCAAACCGCACCAACCCCUGUGUGUAUUUACUUGAUGUACAUAGAUAUCUUUAAAAUAAAAUACAUUCAGUGAUGA